AUGUUGAAUAUCCCCAGACAAAAGGCAUAUUCUAACACUGAAAAGAACAUAUCCAGUAUAUACCAUUCUAAUUUCUCGCACAACGGUACCUGGCCUAUUAUCGUCUAUUUCCUCGCAACUAUCCCGAUUCAAAGACUUGGCAUAGAAGCCACAGAGGUUUUUGGCUAUCGAAACGUUCUAAUUGCAGGAGUCGCAAUAUUCAGCAUCGGCGUCAUUUUUCUUUCGGCUACACACACGUUGUUCCCAAUGCUUCUUGUGGGUCGUGGGAUCCAAGGGAUUGGCGUCGGUGUUAUAGUCUCUGUUGGCCCAGCAAUUUUGGCAGAAAUGGUUCCUCCUCAACGGCGGUCUAGGUACUACUGCGUGAUACUCUUCUGCGCUGCCAUUGGACUCGGUACAGGGCCUGCCGUUGGAGGCUUGUUGUUGGAAGACCCAGCCAACUGGAGAUGGAUUUAUUACAUAUCUGCUCCGCUUUGUUUCUCCCUUCUAAUAUUGACUCCUGUGGCGAUCCGACCAGUCGGCGAGACCCUGAGUUCGAAAAUGGCCAUAUUGAAUAUUGACUGGACUGGUAUUUGCCUAUUUUCUGCUAGUUUUACGGUGCUUAUUCUUGGAACUACAUGGGCUGGCAUUCCAAACCGUGCGGCAGAUUGGCGCACUCUUUUUACCCUGGGUGUAGGCGCCAUUGGGCUGAUCGGAGCCGUCAUGUAUGAGCGGUCAGGCGCAUCAAAACCUAUAAUUUCGCUCAAAACACUCAAAGCCUCUCCGUUGACCUUUGUGUGCAUUCUCAUACAUAGUGUUGUGAUGUUCACCGAGGUUUUCUAUAUCCCACAGUAUAUGCGAGGAGUAUAUGAAUUAUCCCCAAGCUAUCUUGGCGCAUUACUCAUAGCUUUGACGGUACCGUCGCUGCUGGUUACUGCGGUAGUUGGAGUAAUCACUGCUAGGUUCCGAGCAUACCGAUGGGCAGUGUGGAGUGGAUGGGUUCUGACUACAGCUUCAGCCGGAUGCAUGACUGUGCCCGGCACAGAUACCGGUAUUUUCGUCUAUGUCAUUUUAUUGAUCGUCGCUGGCCUGGGCCACGGUUUAACCAUGUCUGGGAGUCAUACUGCAACCCGAAGAUUAGCUAAUGCAUCGAAUGAACGUGAUGCAUCGCUACUUGCCAACUUCAUUCGCACCAUUGGAAUCUGUAUAGCAAUGUCCGCUGCCGGGGUUGUGUUCCAAACUAGAAUCAAGACUCAUUUGUUUCAAUCAGACCUAUCCAAACUGCUAGGGAACCUGGACUUCAACGAGGCCGUCUGGAACGCCUCGAAAAUCACCGUCUCCCAUGAAAUUGCCGAGGGGCGGAAGGAAAUAUUUGUUCUAACCUUUCGUGAGAUGAUGUAUGCGAUUACUGUUCUAGCUGGUUUGGGUGGGGUGUUGUCUUUACGACUGGUCCGACGACCCAAC